GCGGGAUGGAGCGUGUAGCAUAAGAGCUUCAUCAGAAUAGCUUCAAUGUUCCUCAAUAUAUGGGGUCGAGCUAGAGUUCAAACUUGCCGAAACUCUCUCACACAAUCUCGAAGUAUGGCAAAUAAGACCCGAAGAUUGAGGCUGUCGAGCGCAAUGCAACUUUCCAAGCGCAUGACAACAUUGUGGGCUUGGACAGCACGAUCAGCACGAGGUACCGCACGACAGGACGUUCUAGAACUGAUGUGCAUGGCUGUGCAUGACCCAUCGUGGAGCGUGUUUUGGACGCGCUUGACAACUGCCAGCAUCCGCCAUCCGGGGAAAUCGGGGACUUUCUUCCAGUCAGAUCUGUCACAGGAACAUCACGAGAGAGGAUCUCGAUGCAGCCCUGCCAAACACGAGGUCCCGUUUGUCCCACUCAUAGCAUUGAAACACGAAGGAGACAUGGGACUGUGUCACAGACAAACGUUCCAUCUCAUCUACCUGCAGCGGAUCUUGUUCGCUACCAAGAAAGUCCAAGAUUCGCUAGUUACCACCCUAACGGCACCCGGGCUCGCUGCCGCGCUCGCCCUCGACAGGAAGGGAAAUGCCUUAGCGCCGCUGUCAUCGUGCCCCCCAACAGCAGGUUCCGUGGCUGGCCGUGGCACGAUUGCCAGUGCUAUCGAGUUCCGGUUUUCUGGAAAGUCCGGGGUGCCACGCCUCGGCCAAGCAAUCACAUUUUUAGCUGACCCAGAAGCAACGAGAAGCGCUUUUGGUUCAAGCAAUCAGCACCCCCUUGCUGGGUGCUAA